AUGAACAGACCUGGUACCAGCUGUAGGGACGCGCGAGGGGGCGGCCGCAGCGAUGCGGAGCGCGAGUGGCGCGCGCGCUGUGACUGGGAGGCCGACGCCGCCCGCCUCGCUGGCAAGCUGCACGCGGCGCAGCGCGAGAUCACCAGACUCAAUAUCCGCUUGGUUGGCAUCGACAAGAUCUCACGCAACUGCAACAUCGAAAUACAAGCAGUGCCGGAGCGUAAAAACGAAAAUAUUUUGGCUGUGCUCAAGAAACUGAUUGAAGUUGUGAAGGCGCCGGUGGAGGAUGGCCAAAUUAGCGCUUGCCGCAGGGUGGCUAAAUUGAAUAAUGCCUCUUCCAGGCCACGUAAUAUAGUAGUAACCUUUUCCACCCCACGAAUAAGAGACCUGGUGUUGUCUGCAACCCAUAGAUACCACAAAACCCACACUGGUAAUGGUUUAAGAACUUCCGACCUAGAUAUUCCUGGUGAACCGUGUAGAAUCUACGUCACCGAGCACUUGUCCCCAGAGCAAAAGACAUUGCACGCGGCAACUAGAAAGACUGCAAAGGAACGUAACUACAAAUAUGUGUGGGUAAAAUAUGGACAGAUAUAUGUGCGCAAGGACGACUCAGCAGGUGCUAUUCUUAUCCACAACCUGGACUCCUUAGAUAAGUUACGCUAG